AUGUCUCUAAUCCACAUUAACAUCUUUCUAGCGUUUGCAGCAUCUCUCGUGGGACUACUAAUAUACCGAUCUCACCUAAUAUCCUCACUACUAUGCCUAGAAGGCAUGAUAUUAUCACUAUUUAUUAUAGCAACUAUAACAGUCCUAAACUCCAAUUUCACGCUAGCCAGCAUAAUACCCAUCAUCCUUCUAGUAUUCGCAGCCUGUGAAGCUGCAUUAGGGCUGUCCCUACUAGUUAUAAUCUCCAACACUUACGGCACAGACUACGUACAAAACCUUAACCUUCUCCAAUGUUAA